AAGAAAGAAGAAUACAAUAAUUAAUAAUUGAAGAAACAUGCACCAGCACAAGGCUACUAAACUUCAGUGCUACAAAAAGAAUGGGACUAACUAGAUAUAAAGUGCCCUGUUCAGUUUUUCUAUCUGGGACAUUUUGACAAUUUUGUCAACAAAGGCCCACAGAAGAAUUAGGAGAAAGUGAGAGAAAGGGUUCUGCAAUAAAAGGAACAAAAGAAAGCUUGAAUAUGAAUCAGUCUGAUAAUAAAAUUACCAUCCAUUGAUACAGUGUGCAAUAGUAAAAAAUCAUACUUUUAUGCAAAGCAAAGUAGUUUAUAUAAUCUUAAACUGGAAGCCUGUGUUCAAGAGCAGGAGUAAAGUGGUCUGUUUUUCUUGGUUCUCAGGGUUAAAUUUCCUGCCACAUUGUGUUAUGUCUCGUCGACGUUUUGUUUUGGUAGAGGGAACAGAUGGGUGAGGCAAAAUAGGUGGGGCAUUUUUUUACUCCUUGCUUGUUGGAUCUGUAAAGUCUCCUUUUAAGGUAUCUAGUGGCUGUUUUUUACAGUUGGAUGUACAGCCAGCAUAUCAGGGAUUCUUUCUGUCAUGUUACACACCAUGUCUUUGGGAUAGUAGUGAUUAAACAUUCUUGAUACUUGUGCCUUUCACAAAACCACCUAUGGUCUGAGUUUGGGGACCAGUUCUUACUUGUAGAGUUGGUCUCAGAAGUACUGGAAUCUGGUAGCAUGGAAGAUGCCUGCAAGGUCUCCCUCAGGGCCACCUUCUGCUCUGUGUGCAAUCACUCAAAACCGGUUUAUCUGGAUGCAGGCAUAGGAACUGGGGUCUUCUUGCACAUUUUAAAAAACAAGCCAAAGGAGUAAGGUCUCACCGUCACUGGUUUUAAUUUAGAAUGGCUCUCAAUCUACCAGGUCUAAUAAUGAUGAUAGCUUUCUACUUGCUUGUGUUGGGAAUUGGUAUCUGGGCGUCUGUAAAAUCCAAGAAAAUGGAGAAAAACACACACAAUGGACAGGUUGAGAUAUCUUUUUUGGCUAACCGGAGUGUGAGCUUGAUAGUGGGAGUCUUCACAAUGACGGCCACUUGGGUUGGAGGUGGCUUUAUCAUUGGUGUUGCAGAAUCAGUGUAUGACCCUACCAAGGGUCUAAUCUGGGCUCUUAUUCCUCUGCAAAUGUCAUUUUCCUUUAUUAUUGGUGGGCUGUUCUUUGCAAAACCAAUGAGGGAAAACAAUUACAUCAGUAUGAUGGAUCCAUUUCAGAGAAAGUACGGAAAAGUACUGACUGCGGUUCUUGCCAUUGUUCCAGUCACAACUGAAGUUGUCUGGAUUCCUGGAUUACUGAUUUCCUUAGGGGCAACCAUGACAGUCAUCUUGGAUCUGCCCUUCAGUGUUUGCGUCUGGAUCUCUGCUGUGGUGGCGAUCAUCUACACUGUUCUCGGAGGUCUCUAUUCAGUUGCAUACACUGAUGUCAUCCAGAUAUCACUGGUGCUUCUUAGCUUGUGGCUGUGUGUCCCUUUUGUCCUGACAAGUGACAUCUAUACUGACAUCACUGAAACAGCACUCAACCACACACAUCAGGCCCCCUGGCUUGGCCAGCUUGAGUCUGAUGAAAUCGGGAGAUGGAUUGAUAAUUUUCUUGUGAUGAGCGUGGGCAACAUGGCAGUUCAGGAUUUCCAUCAAAGGACCCUGUCCUCUAACUCCACGUCCACAGCCAGAAUCAUCUGUUUCGUAGCCGCAGGAGUCGUCAUCAUUGCUGGAAUCCCAUCUAUGCUGAUCGGUGCUGUUGCAGCGUCAACAGACUGGAACUCCACCUCUUAUGGUUCUCCCUCUCCAUAUGAGCGAGGGGAGGGGGCCAUGGUGUUGCCCAUCAUCCUUCAGCAAUUUACCCCCACCUACAUUUUUGCUUUUGGCAUCGGAGCUGUUGCUGCUGCAGUGAUGUCAUCCGCUGACUCUUACCUUUUGUCUGCAACCACCAUCUUCACCACCAACAUCUACCAGACCAUCAGGAGUCAGGCAUCAGAUAAAGAGCUGCAGUGGGUGAUUCGUGUCUCUAUAGUGGUUGCAGGACUUAUGGGAACUUCUCUCACCAACCUGGAGGGCGGCAUCUUGGUGUUCUGGAUCCUGGGCUCAGACCUGACUUACACCAUCAUGUUCCCCCAGCUGAUCUGUGUCCUCUUCACUGAGGUUUCCAACGGUUAUGGGGCAAUCACAGGCUACCUUGUUGCAGUGGUGUUGAGACUGUUGUGUGGAGAGCCAGUGUUUGGACUCCCUGUGAUCCUGUGUUUCCCAGGUUGCACCUUAGAGAACGGUGUUUACAUUCAGCGCUGGCCAUUCAAGACCAUCUGCAUGCUGUCUGCUCUUGUCUCCAUUCUGAUGUUUUCAUACAUUGCCUCACUCCUGUUUAACAAGGGGAUCCUUCCUGAGAGGUGGGACGUGUUCAAGGUGAAGCUGACACCAGCAGAUGGUGCCAGAGAGGGUGAGAGUGAUGGGACUGAUGAAAAUGAUAAAUUGGCCUCUGAACCAAUGCUGGAUACAAAAUGCUAAUUUUUUUUUUUUACAUUUCUUUGUCGGUACAAUUGUUUCAUUAACUUUUGGGUAAAAUAAUUGCUUUACAUUAUUUAUAGUGCUUAAUGCUCCUACAACCCCAGUAGUGAUUCUGCUUUCUGCAUUCUGUUUGGGUAUGUUUAAGUUUAAACUCCAGUGCUACACGCCCAGGAUAACCAUGGUUUUCUGUUUUCCUGUUGUCAAAAUAUCAAAAGCAUGUAAAAACUAUUUCAAAUUAAACAUAUUUAUAUGCCUUUGUUAA